AAACGUGUUGUUUUGGAAGCUGCUCAGUGGAGUAACCUCUGCCCCGAGUGAUACGACAAGAAAUCACCUCCUGGCCGGGACCCAAGCAAAACACGGGAUUAACUUUGCCCUGCGCUGGCGUGCUGGGAGCGGUGAGAGCCGCUCCGGCAGCGCCAGAGCGGAGCCUGCAAGGAUGGGAGCCAGGCUGCUGUGCCUGUGCCUCCUCACAGCCCUCCUCGGCUACUACAUCUACAGCCCGCUGCCCGAGGAGCUGGCCCAGCCCGGGACAGUGAUGCUCGCCUCGGCUGCCCUGCGGGCCCUGGGGCACCUGUCGGAGGCGGCUGAGCUGCUGGGGCUGAUGCACUACAUGGAGGGCCUGAGGCUGCUCACGGCUGUGGAGCUCGUGGCUCCCACGUCCGAUGAAAACGUCACCGUGACAGACACGGAGCUCAGCGGCGUCCCCGUGCGCCUGUACCUGCCCCGGAGGGCACCUGGCGGGCUCAGGAGGGCCGUGCUCUACUUCCACGGCGGCGGCUGGUGCCUGGGAGACGCAGGCAUGCACCCCUAUGAUCUCAUGUCACGGCGGAUUUCAAACGAGCUGGAUGCUGUCGUGGUGUCAGUCAACUACAGGUUGGCCCCUCCACACCAUUUCCCUGCCCAGUUUGAGGACGUGUACUCGGUGACCAAGUUCUUCCUGCAGAGCAAGGUCCUGUCCCAGUACGGCGUGGACCCCGCGCGGGUCUGCGUGGCCGGGGACAGCGCCGGGGGCAACCUGGCUGCAGCUGUGGCACAACAGCUGUCGGAGGACCCCGAAGUCAAAACCAAGCUCAGAGCUCAAGUUCUGAUCUACCCAGCCCUGCAGGCGCUGGACCUGGACCUGCCGUCCUACCGGGACAACGCGGACAAGCCGCUGCUGCCGCGCUCGCUGAUGGUGCGCUUCUGGAGCGAGUACCUGAGCGCCGAGCCCGCUCUGCGCGCGGCCAUGGCCGCCAACCGCCACCUGCCGCCCGAGGCCGGCGCGCUGCUGCCGCUCGUCAACUGGAGCCGCUGGCUGCCCGCCGACAUGAGCAGGGCCCACACCUACCGCAGCCCGGCCCUGGGCGGCGCGGGGCUGGCCCGGCGCUUCCCCGCGCUGCUGGACCCGCGGGCGUGCCCGCUGCUGGCCGCCGAGGCCCGGCUGCGCCGCCUGCCCCCGGCCUUCGUCCUGACCUGCGAGCACGACGUGCUGCGGGACGACGGCGCCAUGUACGCGGCCCGGCUGCGCGCCGCCGGCGUGCCCGUCACGCACCACCACGCCAGGGACGCCUUCCACGGCGCCGUGAGCUUCCUGGCCUGGCCGCUGGAGCUGGCCGUGGGCCACCGGCUCCUCGGCACCUGCCUGGGCUGGCUGAAGGAGAACCUGUGAGCGGAAACCAGCCCCUCGCGUGCCCAGGUGUGACUGGGGCCGGGCUGGAUUUUGGCCGCGAUCGCCGUCCCCCUUGCAAUCCCCGUGGUGCUGGGGCUGGAGCGUUUCCCACCUUGUCUGGCAGAAAAUCAGUGUGAUCCCAACCCAGUGCUACCAUCGGAACCUCAAACCCCCAGACUGCCAGGGCCGCCCUGGGCCUCCUCCUCUGGCCCUGGGGCCUCCUCCUCUGGCCCUGGGGCCUCCUCCUCUGGCCCUGCCACCUCCAGGGUCUGGUGUCUUGUCUCUGCUGCUGCUUCUUUCCUCCUUUCGCCUCUUCAGUCCGGGGUGUGUGCCCAAGGGCCAGGUGGCUGUGGGCACAUGGGACCUGCUCGGUGGCUGCUUGCUGCCUGUCCCCUUGGCUCCGUGGGAUGUGGCAGUGGCCCCACUGCUGCCAGGGCUGAAGGGGAGCCCCGGGAGCUGCAGGAGGCUCGGGGCAGCUGCAGGGACCUGCCCAUCGCAGCUGGGGCUGGGCUGCUGCUCCUGCCCGGCACAGCUUGAGGGAAGUCUUGGAAACCCAGUGGGAUGGCUGAGAAAUUGUGCAAGUGUUUUGGGCUUUGCUUGUUUGUUUGUGUUGGGGGUUUUGUUUAUUUGGGGUUUUUGUUGUGUUGGGUUUUUGGGUUUUUUUAAAGCACGUGUCUCACUCCUACUUCCUUUCUUUAAUCCUUGCACUAGCAGGAGUGAGUGAAUCAAACCAGCAUUGGAUAUUCACUGGAAAAAGGAAGCUGUGAAGGUCCCAGACUUAGGAUAACACUGCUGCAUGGUCUGUGCUCUCCUUAUCUGUUAAGUCAUGUACUAGGUCUUCUAAUUGUCCUUGAAAUUUUUAAUCAGAUUUCACAUAUGAUUUCUUAAAAGUAGAGUUAGCUUAGUAGCUUUAUAGGCUUGGAAAAGAAACAUAGUUUACCUGGCUGUGUGGAUCAAAUAACCUCUGAGUAAAUGUUUAGUGUGUUAAAUAUAAACCCUAAAACUUUUGAUUGAAGCAUGAAUACAAGGGUUGGCUGUUGGUUUAAGUAAAUCAACCACUGGGCAGGUACUUCAUGUAUCCUGCUUUUCUUUUGCAUAAAAGGUACUGAAUGUUCAAUAAUUCUGGGUUAUUUUCCCGAGUGUGUGCAGAUGGAAUGUGUAGGGGAUGAUUGCUGUUGUCCAUCUCCAUCCAGAUGAAUAUAAACAUUAAACUGUUUUUGAUUCCA